CCCCCACAGUGUCCCAGGGAGGUUUCUCUGCACAGCAUGGCCAACUAUUUCCUUGAGAAACAGCUUGAAGCCAUCGCAGUAGAAACAGGGACAAGUGUGCGAAGCUUGCGAAACAAGAUCCGGGAGGCUGCGGUUGGGCUGUCUCUUGCCACCGCUUGCAGUGGGACUGACAGUCCUAUCGUCUUGGCAAAGCACAUGGGACUGGAGACCUCAUUCAGCUGCGAGUUCGAUGAGUUGAAGAGGACAUGGAUCCUUGAGAAUUUCCCCGAAACGCAGCGGCUCUUCUGCGACAUCAAGUCCUUGAAGCGUGAUGAGGUCCUGAACGUUGUCACGGGAAGGAAGGAACGGGUGCCAUCCGCCGACAUUUUCAUCACCGGUUUCGUGUGCAAGUCCGUCUCCUCUGAGAACAAUGAACGCAAGACCUACAAGAAUUGCAUUCAGGAGGGCCGGGGCGAGACGGGAGAGACCUUCAGUGGCAUGAUGGAUUACAUCAAAAAACAUGCUCCGCCCGUGGUCAUUGCUGAAAAUGUCAAGGGCAUCACCAACCGCAUCGAUGGCGAGGAACCAGUGAUCCUGCAGGUGGUUGAGGCCAUGAGGAAGGCCGGAUACCACUUUGAGUACCGUAUCCUGAACACCAGCGAUUUCAUGAUCCCCCAGAGUCGCAACCGCUGCUGGAUGGUGGGACUUCGCCGUGAUCGCUUCAGCGCGGAAGAUGUCGAGGAGGUCUUCGAGAUGGUUCAGCAGAUGAAGGCGCCCAAGACCAUGGCUUUGAAGAAAUAUUUCGCCCACUUCAAGGUUGGCACAGCUGGAAUGCCUGAGAACCGAACCUUGAACCCCCGUCAGAGGAAGGUGUUGAAGGCCGGCUUGAAGAAGGUGCCGCACCGCAGGCCUCGGGACCAGGUCAUUGUGGAUGUGGCCAAGAGCGAACAGAGGUCCCCAGUGCAGCUGCAACGCACGCCUUGUUUGGUGGCCAAUAGCACGAUGUACUGGGCAAACCAGCAGCGCUUCCUGAGUGCUGAAGAGGUGUUGGCACUGCAAGGCAUCUUCACCAAGGAUUUCAAGGCGGCGAGGGGCAAAUUCCUGACCAAACAUCGUCGCCUAUGCCAUGAUCUUACUGGCAAUGCCUUCUCCAUGAGCGUUUGCAGUGCCGUGCUGAGUGCUGUGAUGCUGAAGCUUGCUGAAACCUAGGUGGGACCAGGUGGAAUCGACCAGGUCGAAACAAAUGACCAAGUCGUUGGAUGACCUGUGAAGUCAAGCACUUCAGAAAUCCUGUAGUAUGCUGUAGUGAAUUUUGUGUCCGAUGGGAGUGACACCAGAGUAGUUGUAAAUGUGAGAGUAUAGAUCUGCUAUAGAUGGAGUCGUUCUUUGCUGAGCUGGCCCAGCUGGUCAGUGCAAUUGUUUUUUGGUAGGAUCAUUGACCCAGCUGGCCAACGAAGACGGGAAAACC